AUGUCGCAAAACAGUGGGGAUGUCACCGCACCCAAAUGGAUAACCAAAAUCAGCAGCCAAGGCCCCUGGGACGAGUCGUCCGACCCGCUACCGUUGAGCGGCGCCCCUGCGCUGCCCAUGCCAGUGGAGAUCGCUCACCCGACGACUUUGGCUCCCUUUUUCCAGCACCUCUCUACCGGCGGUACCCACGAGCCUGCUCCGAACGGCGUGGUCGGAGUGGAGCCUUACGGGGAUGCCGAGCUCAUUGAAUUCGAGAAAGGCGUUCUCUAUGCCGACGGCCGGGUUGAUUUAUGCAAAAUGGUGACGGGACCACGCAAUAUCGGCGCCUUGAUGCAGGCCUUACGGUCCAAUACGUUUGCGAAGCAUUUCCUGCUCGGCAACAACAUCAUCGGUCCUACAGGCGCUGAGGAGAUCUCUCGCUUCAUCGUCGACUUCCCGCAUCGUUUCGAGACCUGGUACCUGGCGGGCAACUGCAUCGAUACCGCUAGCUUCCACAAGCUCGUCGACGCUAUGGUCAAAUCGCCCGUCAUCACCAACAUCUGGCUCAAGCGAAACCCUCUCCAAACCGCCGCCUGCACCGACAUCUACCGCCUCAUCACCGAGCUUCCUGCCUUGCGCACCCUCGACCUGGACCAAACCGAACUAGGCGACGACGGCAUAGCAUCCCUCUUCUCCCGGCUCAACAUCUCCUCCAAACCCAUCGCCCUCCGCCACGUCUACCUCAACGCAACAGGUCUCGGCCCCAAAGCCUGCGCCGCCAUAUCCCACUACCUCGCCAACCCCACCUGCCGCCUCGAAUCCCUCUACAUCUCCAACAACCCCGUCGGCGACAACAUCUCCCUCCUCGCGGCUGGCCUCCGCAAAACCACCACCCUCCAACGCCUCUCCCUCCAAUCCUGCGGCCUCAAAGACCCCGGCUGCAUCUCCCUCCUCGAAUCCCUCACGAACCACCCCUCCCUCAAAGUCCUCGACCUCGGCCAAUCCUACGCCACGCAAGACCUGAACUCUCGAUUCAAUUGGCUCACCGACGCCUCCGCCCCAGCAAUCAAACACCUCAUCAACUCCACCCCGCUCCAGUACCUCAACCUCUCCUACCAACCCCUAUCCCAAACCGCCCUCAACCCCCUCCUCGAAGCCGCCAUAGUCCCCCCAACCCUCCUCGUCUUCAACGCGAAACCCCUCGUCAAAGGCGGCAAAUCCUACACCGAAGUCAAAGCCGGCCAACUCUCCCACCGCCUCCUCAAAUCCCUCCACACCACCCUCACCUCAAACGUCCUCAAACACUUCCCCGCCUGCAAAUCUUACAAGGAUUUCGAGAACGGCCCCAAGCGCUUCCUGCUCUCGCCCAAGGACGUCCGGCUCAUCGACUCGGUGUAUCGGAAUCGGGAUUUUGAGAUGGCCCGCAAGGGGGUGAAGCGAUUUGAGAAGUGGUGGGGGGAGGGGGAUGAGACGUUGAGGGAGGUUGCGGAGGGGGUGGGUGUUUGA